AUGGCUACCACUAACACCCCCGUUUCGCUCGAUGAGCUGAAGGUUGCGAUCACGCAGGCGUACCCUGGAAUUGAGCAGCGUUUGAAGGACACUUUCUCUCAGCAUGAUAUUGCCGGUGAAGGAAAAUUGCCGUAUGGUGUAGUUGAACCUCUGUUGAGGCACUUUUUGGUGGAAUGCGGACUCGAUGACUACAUGGGCGAGGUUACGGAUGCCGAGGGUUCUUUGUCUCACUGCCGCGUUUCUGCCUUCCUUGUAGGCACUUCCCUUGAGGAUGUCAGCAACUCGAAUGUUGAGCGCAUGGUGACCAGUGAGGAGAUGAUUAUUUUGGCUGUCGUAUGGUUGAAGGUUAUCAGUGACAUGUACCAGCGUGAGAGUUCGUUGACUACUGCCGUUUGUGGAGGUCUCUGGUGUGGUUCUGGUGACAUGCGCCAGGUUGAGGUUGCGCACGCCAUUGGUAACGAAGCAGCUCAGGAGCAGUCUAAGGCGAUUGUAGAAGGUGAGAUUCCGAUUCUUGUUGAGCCGCAAUACGUGGAGCACGUGAACAACGCCGAUGACGAGAAGCAGUUGACGCAGAAGAACAUUGAGCACUACAUCCAGACAUUGGUGAGUGAGGCUGCUGCCAACAGGCAGAAGGGUGUUAAGUGCUUCGUGUACUCCUCUGCCAUGACUACGAAUGGAGGAUGCGUCAGCGCAGGCGCGGCAGUUCCGCAGCGCAGGGAGCGCGUGCACAGCCGCAGGAGGGCAGCCACUGGUUGCUGCUAG